AUGGCCUUGAAUCCAGAAGAUCUCGGUAGUGGGUUCCGGCAUAGCAAGGUAUCAAUGUUCAUCAAUGAGCAAAUAGCCAAGCACGAUAAAGGUCUUGAUUUCUACCUUGAGAACCUGUCCCUGUCCUGGGAAGAGGUGGAAGACAAGCUCAAAGUCAUCCUGGAGGAUAGUGAAGUACCUAGUGAAGCUCGUGAAGCCUGUGCCUGGGGUACCCUGGCCUUAGGUGUGCGCUUCGCUCACAGGCAAGGCUGCUUACAGGGGCAUGGCGUGCAGUGGCUGCAAAACAUGUCUAGAAUGCAUAAAGUGGCUCCAAUCUCCUUGUCAUCAGACCUGAAGCAGAUCAACCACCAGCAAGAGAUGGAGCAGAAGGAGGUGGCUAUCCAGCUUCAACUGGUCCAGGCCAAACUGGAGGAGGUGCAGAGAGAACGAGACCUACUGAGACUGAAGAUUCUCCAGGCAGAGCUGAAGGCUCUUCCAACUGCAGCAAAGCCAGCUGUGGCCAUUCCUUCUGCUGUUGUCAGAAGAGCAGAGACAGAGACACAAUGGUCAGGUGCAAAAGAAGAUUUGGCAGAGUUAAUGGCUGCUGCUACAGGAAAAAGAGAAGAGAGCGCAAAUAUGACAUCAGCUGUCGUGGCAGAUACAAUAACUCCUCCCGAAGAAGCCUCAGAGGAACCCAAUGGAAGUUUAAUGCAGCUUCUUGGAGUCAUGAAGUGGAAAAAUUAUCCCUUGAAAAGGCAGAGAGUAGGAGAUCUCAAGCCCAAGGAAACAUCCUCUAGUCCUUUGUCCCAGUCCCAAAAUCUGAGAUCCACAGCCUCCGAACCAUUUACUGUCCAACUCCCUGCCUCAUUCACAUACUCCUAUGAAAGCCCCUUCCUAGUUACACCCACCCCAUCCCAACCACCAACCACAGAAAGACCAGUUCAAAUGCAUGCCUCUGAUACAGGUCAUCUGUCUGAUACGGGAAUCCACAGAGGAGAUCAUCAAGAAGUACAGAAAGACAAGAGAUUUCCAGCAUUUCGCAGACCCGGGGAUUGGGACUGUCCUUGGUGUAAAGCUGUGAAUUUUUCAAGGAGGGAAUACUGCUUCCACUGUGGGAAGGGAAUCUGGCUGCAAAACCCUUAG